AUGACCAAAGAGGAGGAGCUUCCCCUGCCUGACUGGGUUGGAGCGAGAGAGUUUUAUGAUAAAUAUGAGCCCAAGGAGAUAUUGGGAAGGGGAGUGAGCAGUGUGGUACGCCGCUGUGUGGACAAACUGACCUCUCAACAAUAUGCCGUAAAGAUUAUUGACAUCACCCCUUCAGACAAGAUGACUCCACAAGAGAUUGAGGAGAUCAGAGCGUCAACUGUUAAGGAGAUCGAUAUUCUGAGGAAAGUCUGUGGUCAGGACAACAUCAUUCAACUUCAAGACUGCUUCGAGUCAAAAGCCUUUUACUUCCUUGUUUUUGACCUAAUGAAAAGAGGUGAACUGUUUGACUACCUCACAGAGAAAGUAACCCUAAGUGAAAAAGAAACCAGGAAGAUCAUGCGAGCUCUGCUCGAGGUUGUUCAGUUUCUGCAUUCUCAGAACAUUGUCCAUCGUGACCUGAAGCCUGAGAACAUCCUUCUCGAUGACAACAUGAACAUCAAACUCACCGACUUUGGAUUCGCAGUUCAGAUUCAGCCAGGACAGACUCUCAAAGAGGUAUGUGGAACCCCGGUAUACCUUGCUCCAGAAAUCAUUGAAUGUUCCAUGGAUUCAGGACAUACUGGAUAUGGCCUUGCAGUUGAUUUAUGGAGCUCAGGAGUCAUCAUGUACACCCUGCUCGCCGGCUCUCCUCCGUUCUGGCACCGAAAACAGAUGCUGAUGUUGCGUAUGAUCUUAGCUGGAAAAUAUGACUUUGCAUCUCCAGAAUGGGAGGACCGUUCGGACACUGUCAAGGACUUGAUUUCCCGAAUGCUGAUUGUAAACCCAAAGCAACGCUACACUGCUACUGAAGCUCUCAAUCAUCCAUUCUUUUCUCAGUAUGUGGUUGAUGAAGUUCGGCAGUUCAGCCCCUACAGGAGGUUUAAGGUCAUCUGCAUGACUGUCCUUGCAACUAUGCGGAUUUACUGCAACUAUCGGCGAGCUAAGCCCGUUACCAAGGAGGUAAUCAAAAGUGAUCCUUAUGCUGUCAAGCCCAUCAGGAAGCUCAUCGAUGCAUGUGCGUUCAAGAUCUACGGUCACUGGGUCAAAAAGGGACAGACGCAGAACCGUGCAGCUCUGUUCGAGAACACUCCAAAGGCAAUCUUGUUGUCACUUAUUGCAGAGGGCGACGAACCAAGCCGGCUUGCCUCUGAUUGGAAGACCACUGGAGCAUUUCUCUGUCUCGGUUGUCGAUGGGUUUCCUUCAUCUGCUUCAGCUCGGCAGCUCUCCGGAUCAGUAACAAUCGUUAUCGAAAUAUGUUGACUCAGUCAGAGACAAAGGAGCUCUUCAGGAGAGCAGAUGCUGUUUGUUUUGAUGUGGACAGCACAGUAAUCAAAGAAGAAGGCAUUGAUGAACUGGCCAAAUUCUGUGGAGUAGGGGAUGCAGUGACUGAAAUGACUCGCAAAGCAAUGGGUGGUUCAAUGACGUUUAAAACUGCCUUGAUGGAGCGUCUCUCCAUCAUUAGAUGUUCAAGGGAACAAGUCAAUAAGCUGAUAACAGACCACCCUCCUCAGCUGACUCCAGGCAUACGUGAACUAGUGGAGCGUUUACAUGAUCAAAAUAUUAAAGUAUUUCUUAUAUCGGGAGGUUUCCGUUGCAUUGUUGAGCAUGUUGCUACACAACUCAAUAUUCCUUUACACCAUGUUUACGCAAACCGACUCAAGUUUUACUUUAAUGGUGAAUAUGCUGGGUUUGAUGAAAGUCAGCCAACAGCUGAAAGUGGCGGAAAGGGAAAAGUGAUCAACCUCCUGAAAGAGCAGUAUGGCUUUAAGACUGUUGUUAUGAUCGGAGAUGGAGCGACUGACCUCGAGGCUUGUCCUCCCGCUAAUGCGUUUGUAGGGUUUGGUGGAAACGUAGUUCGGCAGCAGGUUAAAGAGAAGAGUUCUUGGUACAUCACACGUUUUCAAGAGCUGCUGAAGGAGCUGGACAAGAUUUAA